UGCAGGAGAGCUUCAGACCCCGACAAGAUGUCUCGCUUUCUGGACAUGAAAGAGUUUGGAGAAGCUGCUCGUUAUCUCCGCCUCUCCAACCUGGAGCAGCUGGCUGCCCGGGCCCAGGCCUUUGAUGGGACGAAGCGUGUUUGGAUGCUGGAUGAAGCUGAAGCGUACGUCGAAGUGGAGGUCAGAGAGCUGGAUGGAGACAACACGGCGGUGGAGACUAGAGAUGGACGGUUUCUGAUAGUUAAAGAAAAUGACCUGCAGCUGAUGAACCCUCCAAAGUUUGACAUGAUCGAGGACAUGGCCAUGUUGACUCAUCUCAACGAAGCUUCAGUGCUCUUCAACCUCAGGAGGAGAUACAGCAUGUGGAUGAUCUAUACAUACUCCGGCCUGUUCUGUGUGGCGGUGAAUCCCUACAAAUGGCUGCCGGUUUACUCUGCACCGGUGGUUACGGCCUAUAAAGGGAGGCGCCGUGCAGAUAUGCCCCCCCACAUCUACGCCAUUGCUGACAACGCUUACACCGACCUGCUGAAGAAUCGAGAGAACCAGUCGAUGCUCAUCACCGGAGAGUCCGGAGCAGGAAAAACCGUCAACACCAAGAGGGUGAUCCAGUACUUUGCAACGAUUGCUGCACUGGGAGAAAAUGUGAAACGUGGACGUUCCUUAGAGGAUCAGAUCAUCGAAGCAAAUCCAGCCAUGGAGGCAUUCGGAAACGCUAAAACCAUCCGGAACGACAACUCGUCUCGCUUUGGAAAGUUCAUCAGGAUUCAUUUUGGUCCUACUGGGAAGCUGGCGUCUGCUGACAUAAACAUCUAUCUUCUAGAAAAAUCCAGAGUGGUGUUCCAGCAGCCAGGAGAGAGAAGCUACCACAUCUACUACCAGAUUCUGUCCAAUCACAAGCCAGAGCUGCAAGACAUGCUGCUGGUGACCACCAACCCCUACGACUAUCACUUCUGCUCUCAGGGGGUGACCACAGUGGAAGGCAUCAGUGAUGGGGAUGAGCUGAACCUCACUGAUCAAGCCAUGGACACGCUGGGGUUUCCUCCAGAGGAAAAGUACGGCUGCUAUAAAAUCGUUGGAGCCAUCAUGCACUUUGGGAACAUGAAGUUCAAGAAGAAACAGAGAGAAGAGCAGGCCGAAGCUGAAGGAACAGAAAGUGCCGACAAGGCAGCAUACCUGAUGGGCAUCAGCUCCUCUGAGCUGCUGAAAGGACUCCUGAACCCCAGAGUCAAAGUUGGAAAUGAGUUCAUAGUAAAAGGGCAGACAGUAGAGCAGGUGAACUACACAGUGGCAGCUCUGGCCAAAGCCACCUACGACCGUAUGUUCAACUGGUUGGUGGGUCGGAUCAACUCGUCUUUGUACACCGCUCUUCCUCGUCAGUACUUCAUCGGAGUCCUCGACAUUGCUGGAUUCGAAAUCUUUGAGCUCAACAGCUUUGAACAGUUGUGUAUCAACUUCACCAACGAGAAGCUGCAGCAGUAUUUCAACCAUCACAUGUUCAUCCUGGAGCAGGAGGAGUACAAGACCGAAGGGAUAGAGUGGACCUUCAUAGACUUCGGUCUGGACCUGCAGGCCUGCAUUGACCUCAUUGAGAGGCCAAUGGGAAUUCUGUCCAUCAUGGAGGAGGAAUGCAUGUUCCCCAAGGCCACGGACCACAGCUUAAAAACCAAACUGUAUGACUACCAUCUGGGGAAAUCACCCAACUUCCUGCGCCCACGGCCCGACAAAAAGCGGAAAUAUGAGACCCACUUUGAGGUGGUCCACUACGCUGGAGUGGUUCCCUACAACAUCACAGGCUGGCUGGACAAGAACAGAGAUCCUCUCAAUGAGACGGUGGUCGCUCUCUUCCAGAAAUCCUCCAACAAACUGAUGGCUGGGAUUUUUGAGAACUACAUCUGCUCUGAGACAGGAGCUGGUGACCAGAAGGGCGAAACCAAACAGAGGAAGAGGAAAGCUGCAUCCUUCCAGACAGCUUCACAGCUGCACAAGGAAAACCUGAACAAGCUGAUGGCCAACCUCCGCAGCACUCAGCCUCACUUUGUUCGCUGCAUAAUCCCAAACGAGAGCAAGAGUCCAGGUGUGAUGGAUCCCUUCCUGGUCCUCCAUCAGCUGAGGUGUAACGGGGUCCUGGAGGGGAUCAGGAUUUGCAGGAAGGGUUUUCCAAACCGAAUCGUUUAUGCCGACUUUAAACAGCGUUAUCGCAUCCUGAACCCGUGUGCGAUCCCAGAGGACUCGUACAUGGACAGUAGGAAGGCUGCAGAGAAGCUGAUGGGAUCUCUGGACAUAGAUCACUCCCAGUACAAGUUCGGACACACAAAGGUUUUCUUUAAGGCUGGCUUGUUGGGACUGUUGGAGGACAUGAGGGACAGCCGUCUGUCCCACAUCAUCACCACGGUUCAGGCCAAAUGCAGAGGGAAGUUGAUGAGGCUGGAACUUCAGGAGCUGAGGCUGAAAAGAGAUGCCUCAAUGGUGAUCCAGUUCAACCUCAGGGCCUUCUUCUCGGUCCGAACCUGGCCGUGGAUGAUGUUGUUCUAUAAACUCCGCCCACUGUUGAAGAGUGCCCAGGUGGAGAAGGAACUGGCUGCUCUGAAGGAGGACUUCGCCAAGUUAAAGGAAGCAUUUGAAAGGUCGGAGGUAAAACGGCUGGAGGCUGAGCAGCGGCAGGUGGUUCUGGUCCAAGAGAAAAAAGAUCAGGCUCUGCAGCUUCAAGCUGAGCAGGACAACCUGAUGGACGCAGAGGACCGCUGUAAUCAGCUAAUCCAGUCUAAAAUCUCUCUGGAGUCAAAGCUGAAGGAGAUGAAGGAGCGUUUGGAGGAUGAAGAGGAGGUGAGUGCUAACCUGAUGUCCAAGAAGCGUCAGCUAGAGGACGAAGUGCUGUCACUGAAGAGAGUCUUGGACGACCUGGAGAUGACGCUGGCAAAAGUGGAGAAAGAGCGACACAGUGUUGAGAACAAGGUGAAGAACUUGACCAAUGAAAUGAGUUCUCUGGAUGAAUCCAUCGCUUCCCUGAGCAGAGAGAAAGCUGCUCUGGUGGAGGCUCACCAGCAGGUGCUGAUCGAUCUUCAAGCUCAGGAGGACAAGGUCAACAUGCUGGCAAAGGUUAAAGCUCGGCUGGAGCAGCAAUUGGAUAACGUUGAAACCUCAUUAGAGCAGGAGAAGAGGGCUCGAGGUGACCUAGAGCGAACUAAGAGGAAGCUCGAGGGGGAUCUGAAGCUAUCCAUGGACUUGGUGAAGGACUUGGAGAACCAAAGGGAAGAGCUGGAGGAGAGACUGAAGAAAAAAGAUUUUGAGUUGGGUCAAUUUCAUGAAAAGUUGGAUGACGAGAAGACUUUGAGUGUUCAGCUUCAGAAGAAGAUGAAAGAGCUUCAGACUCGUAUCGAGGAGCUGGAGGAGGUACUGGAGGCGGAGCGGGCGUGCCGUGUCAAAGUUGAACGUCAGAGGAACGACAUCGCCAAGGAACUGGAGGAGCUGGGAGAGAAGCUGGAGGAGGCAGGAGGAGCUUCUUUGGCUCAGAUUGCACUCUACAGGAAGCAGGAGGCGGACGUCCAAAAGAUGCGGCGGGAGCUGGAGGAGGCAGGGCUUCACCAUGAGACGAUAGCUGCCAGUCUGAGGAAGAAGCACUCGGACAUGGUGGCAGAGCUCAGUGAGCAGAUAGACACUCUGCAACGAGUCAAACAGAAACUGGAGAAGGAAAAGGUCGAGAUUCGCCUGGAGGCCGACGACCUGUCUGUUAACGUGGAGCAGCUCAACCGAGCAAAGGGGGCAGCUGAGAAGAUGUGCAGGGUUUAUGAAGACCAGCUGAAUGAAAGCAGGAGCAGAGCAGAUGAGCUGCAGAGACAACUGGCUGAAGCUUCUGCUCAGAAAGCACGAGCACUAACAGAAACUGCUGAGUACAGCCGGCGUCUAGAGGAGCGGGAGGCCCUGAUUGGUCAGCUGCAGCGCUCCAAGGCUAACCUUAGCCAGGACACUGAGAAUCUGAAGAAGCAACUGGAGGAGGACAGCAAGGCUCGGGUGGCUCUGGCUCAUGUCGUGCAAGCGUCCCGCCAUGACUGCGGUCUGCUGAAGGAGCAGCUGGAGGAGGAGCAGGAAGCCAAAGCUGAACUGCAGAAGGCGUUAACUAAAGCAAACAGUCAGCUGGUCCAGUGGAGAGCCAAGUAUGAGACAGAAGCUGUGCUGAAGAUAGAGGAGCUGGAAGAUGCAAAGAAGAAGUUAGUGGUGAAACUGCAGACUGCGGAAGAAGCCAUGGAGGCAGCUCAGGUUAAAUGUUCCUCAUUGGAGAAAACCAAGCAGCGUCUGCAGGCUGAGGUCGAUGACCUUGCAGCAGAACUGGAGCGCGCCAAAGCUGCAAAUCUGGCUCUAGACAAGAAGCAGCAAAACUUUGACAAGCUGCUGAGUGACUGGAGGCUGAAGUUUGAGGAAAGUCAGCUGGACCUGGAGGCAUCUCAGAAAGAGUCUCGCAGUCUGAGCACAGAGCUGUUCAAACUGAAGAGCAGCUAUGAAGAGGCCCUGGAUCAUCUGGAGACGGUUAAACGAGAAAACAAAAACCUGCAAGAGGAAGUCCUGGAGCUGACAGACCAGAUAAGUGAGGAAGGGAAGACCAUCCAUGAACUGGAGAGGAUGAAGAAGAUCCUUGAUGUGGAGAAAAGCAACAUCAGAGCUGCUCUGGAAGAAGCAGAGGGCACGCUGGAACACGAAGAGGGCAAGAAUAUAAGAGUCCAGAUGGAGCUGCAGCAGAUCCGGAACGAGAUAGACCGAAAGAUUGCAGAGAAAGAUGGAGAGAUUGAGGCCCUCAGGCGGAACCACCAGCGCUCUCUGGACAGCAUGCAAGCCAGUUUGGAGGCAGAGAGGCGCAGUCACAGCGAGGCGGUUCGUCUGAAAAAGAAGAUGGAGUCGGACCUGAACGAGAUGGAGGUUCAGUUAGCAUACGCCAACCGUCAGGCAGCUGAGAGCCAGAAGAUCAUCAGGCACCUGCAGACACAGGUCAAAGAGCAGCAGGUGGAGCUGGAGGAUAAAGUGCAGUUGGCCAAUCAGCUCCAAGAGCAGAUUGUUCUGUUGGAGCGCCGCUGUUUACUGAUUACAGCAGAGGAGGCGGAGCUAAGAGGGAUCCUGGAACAGACAGACCGCGCCCAGAAGAUGGCGGAAAACGAGCUGCUGGAGGCCUCCGAGAGAGUCAACCUGCUCGCUGCUCAGAACGCAGGUCUGCUGAACCAGAAGAGAAAGUUGGAGAUGGAUCUGUCUCUGCUGACAGGAGAGGCGGAUGAGGCGAUGCAGGAGAGUCGUAGGGCUGAAGAGAAAGCUAAGAAGGCCAUCAGUGAUGCUGCUCUGAUGGCUGAGGAGCUGAAGAAGGAGCAGGACAGCAGCAGCGUGCUGGAAAGGAUGAAGAAGAACAUGGAGUCCACAGUAAAAGAGCUGCAGGUCAAACUGGACGAGGCUGAGCAAACGGCUCAGAAGGGAGGAAAGAAGCAGCUUCAUAAACUGGACACAAGGGUCCGGGAGCUUCAGAUGGAUCUGGUGGAGGAGAGAAAGAGGAGUGAGGAGUAUCAGAAGGGACUUCGACACUAUGAGAGGAGAGUCAAAGAGCUGAUGUACCAGUCAGAGGAGGACAGGAAAACUUUACUGAGGAUGCAGGAGCUGAUCGAGAAGCUUCAGACUAAAGCCAAGAGCUACAAGAGACAAGCUGAGGAUGCUGAGGUGCAGGUGAGCAACACCGCUGUACGUUUCAGAAGAAUCCAGCAGAAUCUGGAAGAUGCUGAGGAGAGAGCCGACACCGCGGAGACGACAGUCAACAAGCUGCGGGUUCGAGUCCAUGAACAAAGCACCACGGUGGCUUUGAUCACCGAGUGAGGCGAAGCAUCCUCCAUCAUCAUCAUCAUCAUCAGUGUGUUGUCUUGAUCUUAAUAUCUUAUUUUAAUUCUGCUUUCAAUUAUCUUUUUUAAUUCUUUCUGCUGAAUGAUCAGAUAUUUUCCUCUUUGAGGUGAUCCCUGCUUUGUACUUUGGUUCGGGUUCAUUUUCCUGCUCCUGCAGAGCUUUUGUUUCCAGGUAAUAAACCUUAUUUAUCGGUGUUUUACCA